AUGGACCUGUCCAAUGGUUCCAGUGUCUUCUUGCUACAGUUAAAAGGAGUGAUCUUGGUCUCUGGGUGCACAGAGGUCCUAGACAUCACAUCCUCCAGCAUGCAUGCUCUUCAGCUUGUAUUCAAGCCCAGCCCUGCCACUCUGCUCCUGGUUCUCUUCCUGAGGCUUGGUACCAGCAUACCUGAGGAUGAUUCAGAGAACAUACUUUCACUGAGCGUGGCAGUUCCUCAACUGGUAAAGCCAAAUGAAGAAUUUUUGAUAACACUCACAGUCACAAAUAAUGUGGAAAAAUGCAUGGAGGUUAAAAUCAGUAUGGAGGACAACCCAAGCAUUAACUACUCCCAGGGCCACUUGGUUUACACGGCCUGUGUGUGUCGUCCACAGAACUACUACUGGUAUGCUGCAACCUCGGGUGCUGAAUGCAUGGUGGGUAUCAUUGCAAAUGGAUUCAUCAUGGCUAUCAACGCAGUUGCAUGGGUUCAGAAAAAGGUGGUUUCCACAAAUGGCAGGAUCCUGCUUUUCCUGAGUGUAUCCAGAAUAGCUCUCCAAAGCUUCAUGAUGCUUGAAGUGAUCUUGAGCUCUACAUCCCCAAUUUUUUAUAACAAAGAUGUUUUAUAUGAUUCAUUCAAAGUAAGUUUCAUGUUCUUAAAUUAUUGCAGUCUCUGGUUUGCUGCCUGGCUCAGCUUCUUCUACUUCGUGAAGAUUGCCAAUUUCUCCCACCCACUUUUCCUCAAGCUGAAGUGGAGAAUUUCUGGAUGGAUGCCCUGGCUCCUGUGGCUGUCAUUGUUUAUUUCCCUCAUCUCCAGCGUGCUCUUCUGCAAGGACAUCUACCCUAUGUAUUGCAACAAUUCUAUUACUAUCCCCUUCUCCAACUCCACAAAGAAGGUACACUUUACUGAGACUAAUGUGCUCAACCUGGUUUUUUUCUUUAACCUGGGGAUUCUUAUUCCUGUGAUCAUGUUCAUCGUGACGGCUACGCUGCUGAUUGUCUCUCUCAAGAGACACACCCUGCACAUGAGAAGUCACGCUACUGGCUCCAGGGACCCCAGCAUGGAGGCUCACAUGGGGGCCAUCAAAGCAACCAGCUACUUCCUCAUUCUCUACAUUUUCAAUGCCAUUGCCCUAUUUCUCUAUCUGUCCAACAUCUUUGAUGCCAGUAGUCCUUGGAACAUUUUGUUCAAAAUCAUUAUGGCUGUCUACCCAGCUGGUCACUCAGUUCUACUGAUUCAAGACAACCCUGGGUUAAGAAGAGCUUGGAAGCAGCUUUGGUCUCAAAUUCAUCUGUACCCCAAAGAGAAGAUUCUGAGAUCAUCACCUAAAGAAGAACACAGGACUUGA